AACAGUAAUGCUAACGCAACAGAGUCGCAAGCGAAACAACAUUGAUAACAUUUUUGUACGCCGAUCGUUCUGCAUGAAAUUCAUUAAAUUGUUUUUUUUUCGGAUGAACUGAAGUAAUAAUGCCGGAUAUCAAAAUAACGCCAUUGGGUGCUGGUCAGGAUGUGGGGCGAAGCUGCCUGCUGCUCUCGAUGGGCGGCAAAAAUAUCAUGCUGGACUGUGGCAUGCAUAUGGGCUACAAUGAUGAGCGACGCUUUCCGGAUUUCUCCUACAUUGUGCCAGAGGGGCCCAUUACCAGUCACAUCGAUUGUGUAAUCAUAUCGCAUUUCCAUCUAGAUCACUGUGGCGCCUUGCCGUAUAUGUCAGAGAUUGUUGGCUAUACUGGUCCCAUUUAUAUGACGCAUCCAACCAAGGCUAUAGCGCCCAUAUUGCUGGAGGACAUGCGUAAAGUGGCUGUGGAGCGCAAGGGUGAAUCGAAUUUCUUUACAACACAAAUGAUAAAAGAUUGCAUGAAGAAGGUAAUACCCGUGACAUUGCAUCAGAGCAUGAUGGUAGACACAGAUCUUGAGAUCAAGGCCUACUAUGCGGGUCAUGUUCUGGGCGCCGCUAUGUUUUGGAUCAAGGUGGGGUCCCAAAGCGUCGUUUACACUGGCGAUUAUAACAUGACGCCAGAUCGUCAUCUGGGCGCUGCCUGGAUAGACAAAUGUCGACCAGAUUUGCUUAUAUCCGAGAGCACUUAUGCUACGACCAUUCGCGACUCCAAGCGCUGUCGCGAGCGAGAUUUUCUUAAAAAAGUUCACGAGUGUGUGGCCAAGGGCGGAAAGGUAUUGAUACCCGUGUUCGCACUUGGACGCGCACAGGAGCUGUGCAUUUUACUAGAGACAUACUGGGAGCGAAUGAACCUGAAGUAUCCCAUUUAUUUUGCACUCGGCCUGACCGAGAAGGCCAAUACGUACUACAAAAUGUUUAUCACCUGGACGAAUCAAAAGAUACGCAAAACUUUUGUGCAUCGCAACAUGUUUGAUUUUAAGCACAUCAAACCCUUCGAUAAGGCAUAUAUAGAUAAUCCGGGGGCUAUGGUCGUGUUUGCCACACCAGGCAUGCUGCAUGCCGGCCUCUCGCUGCAAAUCUUCAAGAAAUGGGCUCCCAAUGAAAAUAAUAUGGUUAUAAUGCCUGGUUAUUGUGUCCAGGGCACAGUUGGCAAUAAGAUUCUAGGCGGGGCAAAGAAAGUAGAAUUCGAAAAUCGCCAAGUUGUCGAGGUUAAAAUGGCCGUGGAAUACAUGAGCUUCUCAGCACAUGCUGAUGCCAAAGGCAUCAUGCAGCUCAUUCAAAACUGUGAACCCAAGAACGUAAUGCUCGUCCACGGUGAAGCUGAAAAGAUGAAAUUUCUGCGCACCAAAAUACGCGAGGAGUUCAAUUUGGAAACGUAUAUGCCAGCAAACGGAGAGACCUGUGUUAUCUCGACACCGGUUAAGAUACCCGUCGAUGCUUCACUAGCUUUACUGAAGGCCGAGGCACGUACUUACAACGCACAGCCGCCAGAUCCUAAGCGCCGUCGCCUCAUACACGGUGUGCUUGUCAUGAAAGACAAUCGCAUUAUGCUACAAAACUUAACGGAUGCGCUUAAGGAGAUCGGCAUCAAUCGUCAUGUUAUGCGUUUCACGUCAAAGGUGAAGAUGGAUGAUCCAGGACCAAAGUUGCGCACCUCUGAGAAGCUGAAAAUGCUGCUGGAGGAAAAACUAACCGGCUGGACAGUGUUAAUGCAGGAGACUGGCACCAUUACCGUAGAGAGUGUGGAAAUCACUGUGGAGGAGGACGAAAAGGAUACCAAACAUAAGACCAUACUCAUUACGUGGACCAACCAAGAUGAGGACAUUGGCGCCUACAUACACAGUGUUUUGCAAAACAUGUGCUAGGUCACGAUUAGUUUUGGAUCCAGCCUCAUGAGGUUCUAUCCGGAUGUCAUAGUUUUUAAGUUAAAAAGCGUUUAAAACACAAAUAUAUCUGCUCUUUUUAAGAGAAUCUUAAUUAUCUACAAUAAUGUAAUAAGCCCUUGUACAAAACUUAACGGUGUUUAUGCGUCCGAGUGGUCAGACUCUGUGGUGUCUGACUUUCCAGGGUUUAUUAAUAAAAGCAUAGAGCCGAGAAUAAAUUGAAAUUUACUCCA